AUGAUUCAGUCAACUCCUGGGCCUUCAGCGUCCGAACAGCACCAUGUACGACAUCACAGCAACGUAACGUCGUUCAGACAGGCGAGGCUUUCUAAGACUCCGCAAUCUGGAAAAGCCCAGCGCAAAGAGCAUUACGGGAAUCCGGGAGAGAGCAAAAUGCCAAAGGAGCCAGCUCCCGACUUCAUGUUCAUCCCCAUGUCGGCUGAGCCUGGGGCAAGAGCCAGAAUUCAGCCUGAGUUUCGAGCUCCUGCCAAAGCACAUGUGAUGUAUGACUACCAGCGAAAGACGGCCGAACACAGAAGCGCAAAGUGGAAAAUGUCGACACCUACCACGUACGCCAUCGCCCCUAAAGUGCCAUUGCCAGGACUCCUGGUGCCGGAACAAUCUGUGCAGCCUUCCUUGGUGUUGCGCGAGCGAAGAACGACGCGGAAGAAAGAUAGGCGGCGGCCAAAGAGGAAAGCGCGAACUUCAAUGACCGAACUACCAUCUUCCGAUGACUCUGGUCAAUCCCCCCUGGGAGCGCUUUCUUUUACGCUGUUAGACGGCGCGGUCCAUUCUCGUUUCAUCCAUUACGGUCCGCGGCCCGCAAUUCCUAGACAACCAGGUGGAAGCAACCUCAUGGACGUCUUCUCCGCUCUACCAAUUCAAGUCAAACCCUGGGACGAAACGUUGAUCACACGAUGGCUCAAUUACGACCGCAUCCCCUGGUGUCCGGUCAACGGGCAGUCUCAAUGGGUGCCCUUCGUCACGAAUUCGCCGAUGCUCCUGCACACAAACUUGUACUCAUGGGGGAUGCAUUGGCACGGCAAAUUGACCGGCACCGACCAAGAAGUCUUUCUAUACCAGAAUCCUCGGAUCCUAGAACACAAGAUUGCCGCUAUCCAAUUGAUUAAUGCGCACCUGGUAUCGUCGACUGCUGUCACAGACGAGGCCCUCGCUGCAGUGUCUAUGUUCAUAAAUGUGUCGCUGCAAUUCCUGAAUCGAGAUGAAGCCGCAAGACAUAUGGCUGGCCUCGAGGCCUUGGUGAAGCUCCGAGGAGGCCUCGAGACGCUCUCCAGGAUGGGAACGGUAGGCGUCCUUUUACAACGCAUGAUAAGCUGGAACGAUCUCUUCUUUGUCGAACUCUUUGGUGGGAAUCUACGCUUCUCCCUCCUACCGCGUUGGGAGGAGGCAUGGAAAUCGGUCUAUGCCCCCAUUGUGGACGAUCCCGUCACACACCUCGAACCGCUACAGGCACGCUUUUCAGGUGAUCUCGCGCUGGAGAUGACCACGCUUCUGCGCGAGAUCCAGAUCGUGUGCGACGAUGUUCAAGCGCGACCUCUAGCGACGCUGACGACGGCAGAAAAGACACUACGGCACGACAAUCUGUUCCGCUUUGAACGUCGACUGUGUCUUGCAACACGGAUCACGACGGUUCAGGAACAUGUCUACAUGAAUCUACAGAGUGGUGGCAGUGGCAACGACGACCCGAUGUGGCGGACGGUCGCUUACGCCGCAUUGAUGUAUGUCCAUCACCACAUGCGCGGACACGCCUUGCACUGGUCACAGUUUCCCGCGCUGGUCGUGCAACUUCGCAACGAGUUGUCGUUUGUCCAAGCUGCCAGUUGGGAGGCGGUGCCGGCGCUGCAGUUGUGGGUCCUUGCGGUGGGUAGUUGGGUGAGUCAGUGCGAGCAAUGGGUUGUGGCCUCGCUCGCCGACGCCUGCCGGGCGCAAGGCUAUGCGAGCUGGGACGAAUUCGACGGGAUCCUGAAGCAGUGUGUGCACCUUGGGACAGAGGACGAGCGGAAGUUCAGAAUCGUUUGGGAGCAGGUGAGCAGAUUGCUUUGA